CUCACGCUGGCAGAGAAUGCAGGGGAGAGCAGCGUCUCGUAGGAAUGCAGACUAACGACGUUACCUGUUUUUUUCUCUCCUAAACAGACACAAGCACCUUUGCCGAUACGGAAACCUCAACCAAAACCACAUCACACGGAAGAGGAGCACCCAGGAGUUUGGACACUUUCCCCACUGCACCUUUCACGCUUUUUUGCUUGAUAAAGCAUACUCCGGGGUUGGUUGUUUGCAAUUCUGUGCACGUCUCGUUUCUCUCGCCACACAGCGUGUGUCAAGUAAAUCAGAUAUCUAUCUCCAAAAUAACAGGCAUCAUGGAUCCAAAACAAAUGUGGGGUUAUGUCAAGUCUCCUCCGAUAACAAAUGUGGCUUGCCUUGUGAUUACAAAAUUACUCUGCAUGGCUUUUCCCAUCGCUCAGAUUGCCAUAGGUGCAGUAUAUCUCCAAGACUGUCCCCGACAGCACUACAUCCCCAUAUAUUUGCUUGUGUCUGGGGUAUUUGCUGUAUUUUUGGGCUUGUUGACUUGUCUGCCAUGUGCUAAAGAGACCGAAGAGGAAGGUCCUAACAAGCUCCGCAAUAUCUGUGGCUAUUGGAAUUCUCUGGUUUCUACAUUCAUUUUCUGCUGGGUGAUCUGUGGGAGUGUGUGGAUUUACUCUAUUUACCCUCCUAACUACAACCAAACCCUGGCUGGAGACCUCUACUGCAAUAAGACCCUCUACCUGUUUGCCUUCUGGACCACCACACUGGGAUAUAUUCUAUUAGCUUUAGGUUUCUCUUCCCCUGUCGCUAACUUGGGGGUGCAGUAA